CCGAGACAUAAACUUCUUCACCCGAUCUGAACGACACCAUAAACCGCCAAGACUUCCCCACGAACAUGUUUUUGUAAAAAAGAUUCUCUAUAUUUAUCUGAAAAUGGAAAAUGCAUGGAGCUUGUCCCUUGCCCUUCUUACCGUCAUCUCAGUCGCUCACGGUAUCCCAUGGGCUGGACCUACGCAUACAGUAAGAAGUGGUGAUGCCGAUAUUGGAUGGACUCUACGGCCGACGGACGGGCCUCAAGUUCCUCAAAAGAUUGGUGAAUUGAAGAGAGACUUACAAGUUGCUCCCAACACCUGCGGUUGGGUCAACGGAGACCUUGGAAGUGCAUGGACUGUUGCUGGCCCAACCUGCUUUUGGUACAGCGACAUACAGAUUGUCAAUGGCUGGACCAGUUGCGUCGACUAUGGUCAAACCGGAGCAUCUUGUGGUUCGGAUUGCUCCCUAGUACAUACUUGCAAUGCGGCAUCACCAUACUGCGGCUCUGUAUACUUUCCCUCAGGCUAUCGAGGAUAUGGAAACUGUAAUGCUGUUGCGGGCAUGACGUACAAUGUCGAGCUCUAUUAUACUGGAUUGAACCAAAACAUUGACCUUCCUAUCUUUACUGGUGCGAACGGUAUCAGUACAGGCACUCAAAAUUCCCUGGGAGAAGCCAUAGCCACAACCUCAGCUACCGAAGUUGCGAAAAGCUCUCCUCCGGGGCAACAACCCAUAUCGUCAACGUCAAUAUCGACUGCUUCAUCUGCCACAAGCUCUGCUCCGGCAAAGUCUUUUGUACUGUCUACCUCCGCUAUUGGAUCUGCGGAAUCGUCAAUCCAAGCACAGUCCACCAGAUCCCCUACGACGACAAAUGGUUCUAGCAAUUUGGGAUCAUUGCCAACGUCCACCAGCCCAGGUUCAUCAUCGCUAUCUAGUUCUUCCACGCCCAUUGGAGCCAUCGUCGGCGGUGUGGUUGGCGGACUUGCCGUUAUUGGUAUGGUACUGGUUGCAAUUUUGUGGAUUCUUCGCUCGAAGCGCAAAGCUCCAGUUCAGGAAAGUAGUUCGGGAGCUACGGGACCCAUCGAAUUGGAUCUUAAUGAGCAGAAAGUGUCUGUUCAGCCGGGAAUACAUGAAAUGAAGCAGCCGGAGCAGCAUAGCUACCUGGCCGAACUGGGGACAACCUAUCAUCAACCGGAGUUGCCGGGUUCGCAAGCGGCUGUGUAUUACAAUGAUACUAGGGAACUGCCUUGAUCUGUUAAGAUAUGUGCUCUUUAACACUGUACAGUACUAUUCUCAGAUGUUGAUAUGAUGGAUCAUUAGAUUAUACGCUAUAGAGUACUCAGGAAAGAGAAAAUGAAAUUCACC